GGUGUUUUCGGGUGUUUGUCCACCUCCCCCCCGCUUUUAAACGGUGAUCUGUGUGCACUGCUCCUCCGCACUGCGCAGCGCAAACACUCACGCGACGCUGGCGCGAGAGGGCCAUCUCUAUGGCAACGGGACAGCAACACUUGCAAGCUGCUGCUGGGAGGCUAACAUGGCGGAGAAUCACAAACAGCCGCCUAAAAGAGUUUUUAUCAACAACAUAGACUCAUAUGCUUCUAAAUGUAUCGCCAAGUUUUUGUCUGAAUUUGUGGUCAGGACACCUGUUGAUUCUGAAGGAGAAGAGGAGGAGAAGGUGAUUUCAAACCCCAGCGGAGCAGGAGCUUUUCACGUUGUUGGAACUGUCUCCGACAAAUUGGACGAGGACAGACCAUAUGUGCUGGAGGAGUAUCUACACCUGAACAGGGAUGAGCUACUGUCAAAACUGAAGGAGUGUGAUGUUAUCAUCUACAACAUUACCCAACAUGCUGAUCAGGUGGAAGAAGCCCUCUGGGCUGUUUCAGCUCUCCACAAUGAAAUGAGUAAUUUUUCUGGACCAAAGAUGUUCAUCCUCAUCUCCACUGUGAUGACCUGGGCGUGCAGCAAGCCAGUUAAGCAUGAUGGUCUGGAGCUUCCUUUCACUGACGAGAUUUUCAGGAAAAGAAGAGCGCAUCCCAACUUCAAACAACACCUUGACCUGGAGAAGAGGGUGGUCAAAAUGGGUGAAACUAAAAGGAAAUUGUUCUCAACCUACGUGGUGGCAUCAGGACUUCAGUACGGGAUGGGAGAGCAUGUCUUCCACUUCUUUUUCAAGACAUCAUGGCUGGGACAAGAACGUGAAAUACCAGUCUUUGGAGACGGCAAGAACAAGGUUCCCACGAUUCACGUCAAUGAUCUGGCAAGUGUGAUUCAGAAUGUGAUUGAACAUCAGCCCAAGCCCUAUUACCUACUAGCUGUGGACAAUUCCACCAAUACCAUGGAGGACAUUGUGAAGACAAUUGCCUCUGUACUUGGACCAGGGAAGAUCCGGAAAAGGCCAUUUGAGGAAGCCUUCUUUUCACAGGACUUGAGUGUAAUGGAAAUUGAUUCCAUACUGGUCAACCUUCACAUGGAGGGUAUCCGUGUUAUGGAACUGUUCUCUUUCAACUGGUUGUGUGAGUUUGGUCUGGUGGAGAACAUAGAGCUGGUGGUAGAGGAAUACAGGCAGACCAGGGGACUGCAGCCCAUCCGUCUGUGUGUACUGGGUCCUCCUGCAGUGGGGAAGAGCACAGUGUCCAAACAGAUCUGUGAACACUAUAAACUCCAUCACAUCACGCUGAAGGAGACCAUCUCUGAAACCGUCUCACAGCUGAAAGAUGCUGUGAAGAAUGCUGAUCCAGAUGCAGAGAAGGAGGACUCUGCAGCAGAGGCCCAGGAGCUGCUGAAGACCCUGAAGGACAGUAUGGAGCAGAAUGCAGGUCUUUUGGAGGACCAGCUGUUGGUGAAGGUGGUGAAAGAUAAGCUGAUGUCUAACCCAUGCAGAAACCAGGGUUUUGUUCUGGAUGGCUUUCCCAAGACAUAUGAUCAAGCUAAAGAGCUCUUCUAUGCUGUAGAGCAGGAAUCAGAAGAUGAAACGUCCCCGAUUUCUUCACACAGCAAGAACAUGCCAGAGUUUGUGUUGUACCUGGAUGCGUCUGAUGCUUUCCUGAAGGAUCGGGUGAUGAACCUGCCUGAGGGGCUGGUACAGGGACACAACUACGAUCAGGACCACUUCCUGCGACGACUGGCUAGAUACAGAGAGAACAACGUGGAAGAUGAAACUGUUGUCAACUACUUUAAUGAGCUGGAAAUCACCCCUCUGUACCUGGAGAUCACCAGUAGCAAUGAACCUGACUGCCUGCUGCUGAAGCAGAAGAUCUUUGACAUGGUGGGCCAGCCCAGGAACUACGGCCCCAGCAAGCAGGAGCUAGAGAGAGAGGAGAGGAGGAAGGCUGAGGAGAGGAUGAGGAGAGAGGUCCAGGAUAAAGCUGAGGAGGAAAGGAGGGAGGCAGAGGAGGCCAGACACAGGGCUGCAAACUGGGACGAGUGGACUAAAGGUUUAAAGGCGGUGAGGCAGCAGGAGGAGGAGCUGCUGGAGGCCCAGUCAGUCCCUAUGAGGAACUACCUAACUGAGCACGUCAUGCCCAUUCUGACCCAGGGCCUGAUCGAAUGCUGCACCUCCCGACCACAGGACCCUGUGGAUUUCCUGGCGGAGUACUUGUUGAAGAACAACCCUUUUAACUACUGAAAGUCAUUUCCUCUGGUUGCACCCACACAUGAUGCAAACACAAAACAACAAAACUGAAAUAAAAUGUGUUUUUCCGAGCCCUACAGAAAUUAGAAAUUACAUGCAGCAUGUAGAAGACCUCGUGGAGUCUUUUAGACUUGUCACAGUAUUUCAGACAUCACCUGCCAAGUGUCCCUCGGUUCAUGCUGGGAUUUUGAUUAGGUCUGAUUUGUAAGUGGCCCAUUCUCUUGCCCCUGUUGUAUUUACGCACAGCUUUGUUUGGGCUCUUGUGUGCCGGCCAUUACUUAAAAGCGCCCUGAAAAAUUGGAUGAAGGUGCGUAUGAAGCCAAAAGCUAAUUAGGAAGUUAAUUUGCGUAAUGAACUUGGUAAACUUCAAAGUAGGCACGCUCGGGUCAUAAUUGCUUUGAUUUGGCUUCCGAUAUCCAGGAAGGAUAAAUGUUACAAAUGGCAGCUAAUUUGUGUCUCUCUCAUGUUGCCACUCGCGACUCCAAAGUGUACAUAAUUGGUUGCGACGGAACACCAAAUUAUUUCAUUGUACAUACUUAAUCACCACAUGGGGAAAUUAGAUGAGUUUAUUUGGGAAGACAAUUUGACUGCACCAUCUGUGAGUCCCAGGUACAAACACAACACGGAGAGUUUCCUGAAAGUGAAACACACACAUUUUAGACGGUUGAUAUGGUAACACAAUGUUCUCAUAUGGUCUCAUGUGAUGUGAAACAUGGAGAAAAUACUUUUUUAUAUAUCUUAGCGUACAGUCUGAAGAUCUCGUAAUGGCAUUUGAUUAAUGGCUGGAGUACAAAAGACACUUCCCCCGCAAAGAUGUUUUGCACUGUUCAUUUGGACCAAAUUAAAAAAUGUUUCCUUUUA